GCAGAAGAAAGGACAAAAUAUUGCGGGAGAAGAAAGCGUUAAAACUCAGGGACCCCACAAAAUUACCUUAACCUCAAAGCCACUCAGCCCCGGCCAACCCUAAAAACAUGAAAAGCAGUGUGUGCCGGCUGCUGGUGGCACUGCUGAGUCUGUGCGAGGGGCUGCGGGGGCUCCCUGCUCCCCGCCUGAAGCCUUCAGACCCCCGAGCCGAUUUCGACUCCAUCAUCAGCCUGGCCAAGAACCUGCUGAGUGACACCAAACACCUGUUGCAUCACUUUAAAUCCCGGUACCCGGCCGAGGGGGAGCACAAGAUGGACACGCUGCCCGUGCUGUCCAUGAGCGCCGUGGAGCUGGCCAACAUCCAGGUGCCCGGGGGCCUGGCACGGCUCAGCGCAGACCUGCAGAAGUACCAGAAGCACCUGGAGUGGCUGCGCCGGGCGGGGCCAGUGCUGCGGCCCCUGGAGCCGGACUUGGGAGCCCUGCAUGCCCGGCUGGAGCGCCUGGUCAAGCGCCUGGAACACCUGAUGUCCAAACUGAACCUGCCCCGGCCCAGCGACCCGCUGCCCACGCUGCCCUCGCACGGCACCCACUGGGCAGUGGUGCAGGCCGGCCACGCUCUCUUCCACAGCCUGCACCUCUACCUGGACUGGGCCGCCCGCGCCCUGGUUCUGAUCCGCAACAAGCUGUGACGACCGGUGCAGUGGGGGGGCCCUGCCCCGGGGACACUGGGGUCCCCCAUCCAGCAUUCCAGGGCAGAGGGACCCUGCCCCCCAACCAUGGCCUCCCCACGGCCCCCCACACCAACAGGGGGUGCGGGGACCCUGUCCCUGGCUGUGACCCCCCCAGGGCCCUUCCACACCAAUAAGGGGGGCUUGGUGGCUAGCCCCUGCCCCCCGAUGUAGCAAACUCUUAUUUAUGCAACGCGCUAUUUAUUUAUUUAUUUACAGUAGCAGGUUUCUUUUUUUGUAUUCACUUCUCCUAACGAUCCCCCCCCCCCAAUCCUAACGAUCCCACCCCCAUCCAACGGGGGGAGGGCACAAAGGCCCUUGGA